GAACAGAGUGGAGAGGAAGGGAGAGAGACAUAGUAAGGAGGUUUAGGAACUAGAGGGAGUUGUUGCCGGUGAUACAGCACAGUACAGACAGACUGACAGACAGACACAACUCAUUUUCCUCCUGCAGCUUCCAUAUGCACCGCGGCGACACCAGUGUGUUUUAAACAAUCAGUGCAGGCAACAGGGAAAGGGAGUUGCCCACUUGCAGAGGUCAGGCAGGCAGAGGGGAAGCCGGUGGAUGUUUUUAAGAGUUUGCUUAUCUGACACUGACAACAGGAUGAGCAGCUGAGCGAGGGAGCAGAGAGGGGAGAGGAAAACAUGGAGAGAGCAGCAUUACCUACUGUCCACUUACAUAGGAGACAUAGAAGGGACAGACACUGGUUACCUUGAGAGAGGUAAAAGAGAGAAGAGGUAAACAGUCCACUUUGUCCAUUCUGUCCAAAGGAGCGGGAGCGAGAGCCGAGGGAUCGUAACACUGGAGCUCAAGGAUAAACCAUGGACUCUGCAUACAUCCCACCACACCUGGACGUCCACCAUGUUCCCUGCUAACCUCCUGCUCCUCAUGGUCCUGCUGCUACCUCAAGCCUCGUCUGAUCGCCAGGGUGGAGACACCAGUAACAUCGACCAUGGCAGGGUGGCUCCCGUGCCUUCCUCCUUGUCGCACCCACCAGCUGGUUCCCUCCUCUUGGAUCCCAGUCUGGCUCAGACCAUCCAGAAUCUCCUCCUGAGCCGGCUUGGCCUGCAGUCGAAGCCCGACCCUCGUCCUGGCGUGCCGGUUCCCGGGUACCUUCUAGAUCUAUAUCGCUUUCAUCAGCAGCAGUACCACCUACUGGAGGACCCUUCAUUUAGCUUCCCCAGCCAGCACAUCCAGAAGGCUAACACCGUACGCAGCUUUCACCACAAUGAGCCCCUUGUGGACAGUUCCAAAGCAGAGGAUCACAAGAGGGUGCACAUCUCCUUCAAUGUUUCCUCCAUCCCUCAGGAUGAGAGGGUGCUCUCCGCUGAGCUGCGGCUCCUCCGCAGUGACAGAGCCUCCCUGGGUCCUGGGGCCCACAGACUAAACCUAUACCUCACUGAGCACCAUGAGGACCCUGAGCCCACCCUGCUGGAGACAAGGUUACUCACCACUGGCCUCCAAAGCCACAAAACAAGUGGUUUCUGGGAAGCUUUUAGCCUGAGUGCAGAGCUCCUCCAGAAGGCCCUUGCUGAGACUGGCAGUCUGGGCUUCCUCCUGGAGGUCAGACCUGAGAACAACACCACCUCGCUCCCUGAGCAGAGCCUCCCCUCUGCUGCAGGCGAGGAGGAGGCAGAGAAACACAAACAGGGACACCUGAGGGUAUGCAGGUCCGUGGGUCAGGACGAGCACAGCUGGGCCCAGGAAAGACCUCUUUUGGUGACUUAUAGUCAUGACGGGCGUGGAGAGCCCUUAGUCAAACAUGGCAGGAGACCCACCGGUGGAGGCCAGAGAAUGAAAGGGAGAAAAAUGAGAGGGACAAAAGAGAGGGCCAGGAGCAGCAGCAAGGGCCGCAAUAGAGACCAAACAUCGAUAAGGGGUAGAAAAAAGGCGUACACAAUACCGGGCUGGGGGGGUGAUAAAGGAGGGGUCAGUUGGAGCGAACGUGGAAGGGUGAAAAGAAAUGGUGGUCGUGCUGCAAAACUGAAACGCCUGUCCCGCAACAGAUGCCGCCGUCAUCCUCUAUAUGUAGAUUUCAACGAUGUGGGCUGGCACAAGUGGAUCAUUGCACCCAGCGGCUACGACGCCUUCUUCUGCCUGGGAGAGUGUCGCUUUCCUCUGGCCGACCACAUGAACUCCUCUAGCCACGCCAUGGUGCAAACUUUGGUAAACUCUGUGAACGGAGCUGUGCCCCGGGCCUGCUGCGUCCCCACCUCCCUCAGCCCCAUCGCCCUGCUCUACCUGGACCCUCAAGACCGAGUGGUGCUGAAGAAUUACCAGGACAUGGUGGUGGAGGGCUGCGGCUGCCGAUAGUGGGCUGGAGGACUCACCAAGAGAAAGCCAGGCGUGGACAGAGGAGCAUCGAGGGAAUAGGAGAAAGACAGAAGCAUGAAAAGGCAGAUGGUGGAAAGACAAGACUGUGGGAGCAACCUAACUGCAAACAGACCUGGUGACUGAUAGAGACAAAUGUAGCAGCGUAGGAAGGUAUGAAUGGAGAGGAGGGAGAUAAGGGAAUGGCUAUAGCAGCUAAAUCUGGCACAGAGAGAAAAUGAGAGAGGAACAGACGUAAUCUGCCACACGACAGGAUAAAUGAUUAGACAAUAAGGUAGAGGAACAGAAAUAUGGUCAACACAGGUAAACUGCCAGCAAUGACUUUUCAUUUUUUCCCAUUUAGCGAUGAUGCAGCUGUUUACACCAUCAACCGACAGAAACUAGCGCUUUAACAUCAGAAGGUGUCUAUUCUAUAUUCCAAUGUUUGCCACUCAUCUCACUCUCACACGACUGUCCGACAGGCACACGCACAUGCGUUUAGCAGCCAAAUGGUAAAUAUUCAGAGUAGGCACUCCUGGAAACACAGUUUAAGCUCCUGAAAAAACUUCCUGAUGGACCUCCUGAUGAUCAUCAGCAUUAGCAAUACGACGAUGGCACUAGCAUCUAAACUUUAUGUGAGUGUUGUUUCUGCAGUAUUUGACCCAAGAAGUAGGGUGCAUCUGUUUUUAUGAACAUUAACAUAACAACAGACCGUCCCCUCACAAGCACCCCUACAUCACAAGCUAUUUAAAACCACAACAAUAAUGCUGAGGAACUAUUAUGCUAUUGUUUGAAUGUACUACUAUCACUAUUAUUUAAAAAAAGAGACUUUUUUUUGUACAUUUCUUUUGCAGACGUGAAGAAAAUCCAAGUGAUGGUUGUCUUGUGAUUAUACAUAAUUCCACUGAAUGGCCAUUCUAACUUAAAAAGACACAUUAUGUAUUUAAAUAGCAGCAAUAUGGUGUAUUUAAUCUUGAAAAUAUUUAAGAUACGUGCACUCAACAGAGCAUACAGCAAACAGAAAGCCUGCCGUCCACAUGAAGUAAGUUAUGGUAGCUUUACAUCCGUACAAAUGUUCAGUGUAUUGAAUCAGCAGUCUGUGUUACUUCGACCUCCCACCUUUAUCAUCGCACACAUUUCGGUGUCCUUCACAUGAUAGCAGACAUAAGUGGUGUUGCCUUUAAGAGCUCAACUAACAAGUCAAUUGAAAGCUGUGUGUAUUGUAGCUACUGAAAUGUGUAACAACAGGUGUCUUUGCUAGUUGUGUCUGCAUGUGUCAAGAAAAAAGGAGGACUGACAUUAAAACUGGGACUUUAGUGCCUUUCAAACAGGGGCUUUAAAAGUGUUCUCUGCUGAGCUUAGUAAUUGUUUUUCAGUGUUGCAUUUUUCUCUCUAAAUGGAAACAUUUAAGCAACAGCUUGUAAAAUGUUUGACAAUAUACCUCUAAUAAACAGAGCAAACAGCA